AUGGCCACCAAUGAAGACUCACAGUAUAUGGGGAUUGUCAGCUUGCUUCAGCAUUUCAGAUGGACGUGGGUUGGGCUUUUUGUGGUGGAUGAUGACAGUGGAGAGAGAUUUUUGGAGACCAUGGAUCCCUUGCUUUCCCAGAAUGGAAUCUGCACAGCCUUCACAAGACAAAUUCUAACCCAAGAUCAUUUGCAUGGCCAGAAAGAACGGGAUCAUCUAAUCCAUGAUAUGCAUCAGAUUUACAGAUUAUCCAACACCAGAAUAUUUAUCAUCUAUGGUCCACCCUCUAUUGUUAUGUGUCUUAAAUAUUUUCUUAUUCAAGGAAUUCUUCCAAGUGAGAUCAGUCUAUUGACUGGAAAAGUGUGGAUUGCUACUGCUCAGGCUGAUUUUGUACUAACUAGCAUUAGCCGGGACAAAGAUGUGGAAAUGUUCCAGGGUGCUCUGUCCUUUAUGGUUCACUCUAAGGAAGUUCCAAGCUUCCAGGAAUUUCUUCAGACCAUAAAACCUGUUUGGACAGAAGCAGAUGAUUUUCUUAAGGAGUUCUGGCAGGAAGCCUUUGACUGUUCAUUUCCAGAUCCCAGGAUGCCAUAUAAGGUCUCUGGGACAUGCACUGGAGAGGAGAGACUGCAGAGCCUCAUUGGGCCUCUUUUUGAAAUGCGCUUGAGUGGCCACAGCUAUGGCAUUUAUAAUGCUAUCUAUGCUGUGGCCCAUGCUUUACAUGACUUGUACUCAACUAGGUCCCAUCACCGAGGGAAAGUGAAUGGUAUAAAAUGGGCUCUUCGGGAUCUGCAACCUUGGCAGCUCCAUCCUUUUCUUCAAGGGGUUUCAUUCAAUAACUCUGCUGGAGAAAGAGUGCAUUUUAAUGAGAACAGAGAAGUGAGAGCUGGAUUUGACAUAAUGAAUUUGGUGACAUUUCCAAAUCGAUCCUUUGUUAAUGUCAAAGUGGGACAAAUAGAUCCCAGUGCUUCCAAAGGAAAAGAAUUCAGCAUUGAUAAGCAUAGGAUUACCUGGCAUCACAGCUUCAAACAGGUCCUGCCCAUUUCAGUCUGCUGUGAUUCCUGCACUCCUGGUUAUCAGAAGAGAAAGAAGGAAGGGGAGAAAUUUUGCUGCUAUGAUUGUGUUCUCUGUCCAGAAGGGAAGAUUUCCAAUAAAACAGACAUGGCUGAGUGUUCCCCAUGCCCAGAAGAUCAAUAUGCUAACAUGAAUCAAGAUCAAUGUAUUCCUAAACUUAUAACCUUUCUAUCUUAUGUAGACCCUCUAGGAAAAUGUUUGGCUUCAAGUGCUGUUUGCUUAUCUCUGGUCACAGUUUUUGUGCUUGGGACUUUUAUUAAACACAAUGCUACCCCCAUAGUCAAAGCCAACAACCAGAAACUCACCUACACCCUCCUUGUGUCCCUCCUGCUCUGUUUCCUCUCCUCUUUCCUAUUCCUUGGUAAGCCAGGAAAAGCCAGCUGUCUUCUCCGACAACCAUUUUUUAGUAUCAUCUUCUCGGUAGCUGUUUCUUCUGUGUUAGCCAAAACAAUCACUGUGGUUUUAGCCUUCAUGACCACUAAGCCAGGGUCCAGGAUGAGGAGGUGGGUGGGAACAAGGGUGGCCACCUCCAUUGUUUUCUUUUGCUGCCUCAUUCAAACUACUAUCUGUAUCAUCUGGCUUGGAAUCUCUCCCCCGUUCCCAGAGUUAGACAUGAGCUCAGUUGCUGGAGAAAUCACUGUGCAAUGUAAUGAAGGGUCUGCCGUUAUGUUUUAUCUUGUCUUGGGAUAUAUGGGACUUCUGUCCAUUAUGAGUUUAUUGGUAGCUUUCCUAGCCAGGAAGCUGCCAAACACAUUUAAUGAAGCUAAGUUUAUCACCUUCAGCAUGCUGAUCUUUUGCAGUGUUUGGUUGAUUUUCUUUCCAACUUAUCUGAGCACAAAAGGGAAAUACAUGGUAGCUGUGGAGAUUUUCUCUAUCUUAGCCUCCAGCACUGGGUUGCUCGGUUGUAUCUUUCCCCCAAAAUGUUACAUUAUUCUGCUUAAGCCUGAGCUAAACAGCAGGGAGCACCUAACCAGAGCUAAACUUAGACCUGGGACAUCAAGUUGUCCAUUUAAAGCUGUCAUAUGA